AUGACCCAGUUUUGGCAGAUCCUUUCCUUUAUCCAAUUCGUGAUUACAGUCGUGCACAGUCUACCUCAGACACCACCUCCUGAAUUCGCGCGAUCGAUAUGCUAUCCGAUCACCACGUGCACUCCAGAAUGGUUCCUCCAAAACACGAAGCCAGAGUAUGCGCAAACGCUCGUGAACAGAGCACUCUUCUAUUCCAUGGGUGGCGGAGAGGCUGCCAGAGCAUGGAGCUGUGGCCGCCAGAAAUUCUUCGUCGGAUACUCAGGCAGCCUGGUAUGGUACUUAUACAUUUCAGGGCCGAAGUGGAUGUACCAGAAAAACGACACUCGCCUCCAAUUCGUGUACUCUACAGAGGCGCUCACGGCUCAGUACUACCAAGCCAUGUCGACUGCUUUCGCGAGAAUGGCUCGAGGUGCGGCGACGAGUCUUCACAUGCCCGAAGAUUUUGACAACCCUCCUCUCGGAGGCAUCUUUGGACGUCAAGAGAUGCCAGCUUUGGGCAGAUUUACAGAUGUCGGAAAGGGUUCAUCGCUGACCAGAUGUUCCAAGUUGUGGAAGAUCAAACUUCCACCUGGGAGUCAAGGCGUUUUUCCUACGGAUUCUUCGAUUGACUUUGCGAUGGCUGAGGCGAAGACGUAUAAUGGUCCGAUGAUGUACCAGCCUGCGGCGACAAAUCUUGUGCAGAGGGAGAUGUGGUGGACGGAGAAUCUUUUGUCUCUACCGAGAAAAGCGGAACCUGGAUUCGUGGAUAAUGGAAAUUUUGAGGUGGAGUCUUGUCCAUAUUUCACAGAAGUGAUCAUCGUGACUGGAGACUGCCAUUGGCAGUAUCUUCUAGGGCUGGCUGUAUGUAAUUCGUGGCUCAGCUCUAGAUGUAUUGCAAAGACGAUUUCUCUUUCGAAGCGUCAUGUAGUGCAGCCAGUGAGCGAAGGAAAUCGAAGUUGGAAGAGCCGAACAGGAUGA